CUCGCCAUGAAAGAAGAUAGGAGUGACCUCACCCAGAGAAUAAUCUUCCUUUCUCUUAUUGGACUUGGAAUUUUAGGAAACAUCCUUCUUCUUCUCAGACAUGUACAUACCUUUAUCAUGGGUUCGGAGAAAAAACCUCCAGACCUUAUUUUCACUCACCUGGCGUUUUCAAAUGUAACCAUUAUUUGUACUUCAGAAGUCAGCUAUGUAGCCACAAAAGUCCAUUUCAAAAACUUUCUGGGGGAUGUGGGUUGCAAAGCUGUGGUUUAUCUGGCAAGGGUGGCCCGGGGCCUGUCCAUCUGCACCACCUAUCUCCUUAGCAUGUUCCAGGCUGUCACCAUCAGCCCCAGGGUCAUGUGGAGAAGGCUCAAACCACAGGCUGCAGGGCAAGAUCUUGCCAUUCUCCUCCUCCUUUGGAUCUUCAGUGCUCUCAUAAGCUCCAACUUGCUUCAUCACAUGGCAGCAGGCAGCAGCUGGAAUAGAUCUAGAGCUGGGGCAUAUAAUGGAUAUUGCUAUAUGCUACCACCCAGAUUUACAGUUAAGUGGCUUUUUCUAUCUCUCAUGGCUCUUCGUGACAUCGUCUUUCAGAGUCUGAUGAGCUGGAGCAGUGGGUCCAUGGCUGUCCACUUGUACAGACAUCACAUCCGGGUCCUCUACCUUUGCAGCUCCAGGUUAUCAAAUAGUGCCAGCCCAGAAAUCCAAGCCACAUGGAGUGUCCUCAUUCUUAUGACCUGUUUCCUCUUCCAUUACUUGGGAGAUUUCAUAUUCUCCUUCUACAUUGGUUUCCUUUUGAAGUUUGAUUCCAUAAUAUCAAAUGCUAAAAUGUUUCUAGGUGUUGGCUAUGCUGCAGUCAGCCCCUUUGUCCUGCUAAUAAAGGAUUUCCAUCUGGUUUGCUGCUGGUUUAAUCGAGAAGUCUAG